GUUCAUCUUAAGUUUCCCAGAAGCGUCAUGUCGGAUCCUGCAGCAGCGCAGUCGCUUCUAAACCUCAAUGCGCUGCUUGAAAAUCCUGUUUUUGCCGGAGGCUUCGGCCUCGCGUCUCUUGGCGCCGCUUUGGCGUUCGCUCGUCGAGGCGCAUUGGCUACAGCUGGUAUGAUUCGACGUCGUAUGCUUGUUAAUGUCGAAAUUAGUAGGCAAGACCCGUCUUAUCCUUGGAUCCUUGCCUGGUUGUCACAACCUCGUGAACAAACUUCCUUGAUUGCGAAGAAGUUGACGCGCAUCAACAAGUUGUCUGUCACUACGUCCACCAGCUCUACUCCAAACGGCGCCACUAAAGCCAGCUUCUUUCUACAGCCUGGAUACGGCCGUCAUAUUGUGAAGUACAAACAUGCGUACAUCGCUGUAAAUAGGGAGAAACAGGCAACAGCGAAGACAAAUACCGGCGAGCCCCAUGAGACGGUGGAACUUACUACUUUAUAUACGCAUCGACACAUUUUCGAAGAUGUUUUCACUGAGGCUCGGGGUCUUGCACUCCAAGCAAACGAGGGGAAGACUGUAGUGUAUUCGGUGCGAAACUUUGACUGGGUUCCACUUGGAGAGCCUCGGAGAAAGAGGCCUUUAGGCAGCGUCAUCUUGGACCAAGGUAUCAAGGAAGACAUCGUCAACGAUGCCAAGGAUUUUCUCGCCCGACGACAAUGGUAUGUAGAUCGCGGAAUCCCAUACCGUAGGGGAUAUCUUCUAUACGGCCCACCGGGAAGUGGCAAGAGUUCGUUUAUUCAGGCGCUGGCCGGUGAACUGGAUUUCAGCGUGGCCAUGGUUAAUCUUAGCGAGAUCGGAGUGACAGAUGAUAAGCUCGCAUUUCUUCUUACCAAGCUUCCAGAGCGGACUAUUCUCCUGCUGGAGGAUGCCGACUCCGCAUUUGUCAACCGGAGGAAGCGUGAGACAGAUGGAUACAGCGGCGGGACGGUGACGUUCUCCGGAUUAUUGAAUGCCCUGGAUGGAUUAUCUGCGGGGGAGGAACGAAUUGCAUUCCUCACUACCAAUCAUGUCGAACUUCUGGAUCCAGCUCUGAUUAGGCCGGGCCGGGUAGAUAUGAUGGUUCGCAUAGGCGAGGCAACCAGGUAUCAAGCUGCUCAGAUGUGGGAUAGAUUUUAUGGUGACGUUGAUGUUGAUGGUACGCAUCGGGAAAGGUUCCUGAAGCGACUCGAUGACCUGGGGCUCUUUCGCGACGCGAAAGAUGGCGAGUCGCUCCCUCGAACUAGCACGGCUGCUAUCCAAGGCCUUUUCCUAUUCAACAAAAAUGACAUGGAGGGCGCCAUCAGCAUGGCUGAACACCUCAUUCCGCAAAAGUUAGAACCGGAGAAAUAAGCAGUUCGUUUGUAUACUACAUGUAAUAACUACCUAAUUAAUGUAAUAUACAUGAGAUACCCCAACAGCCAGUAUGUCUUUAUAGGAGAUGAUCUUUCUAAGAUCACGUCACUCGUCAUGCCGGGAGCUGUCCGUUGUCUCGUAUCUAAGCAUAAAUACAACAUACUGUUGUUAUCUCGAGGCUUCAACUUAGACAGCUGCUGAUUUCUCAGGCCGCUUGUCAGAUCACGAAACUUGGCUUCUGACUGUAUCUCGGCCGGUCUAAUAAGGGAAUUACUUAAUCCAAAGGAGGGUCUAGAGAAACGUCCUGCAAGCUGCACGGGAAUCACAUAUUGCUCCUCAUAUUACAGGAAUGCAUGGUAAGAGAUUGGCUAGCUGGAAAGGAGUGAGAGGCAAUGGCGAGAAUUACUCGAGAAAGACGGAUUUGACGUAGUUAAAAUUUUGGCUGUCACCUCAGUACUAUAGUGAUGGGAUUAUAGAAGCGAUGAUUAAGGCGUAGUUUAGUUAAAUUGGUGUUCUCUAUGGCUCUACGGGAUUCGGUGUUUUCAACGAAUUGCCACAGCUUUACGGCGCAUAGCUUUUUCAACAAACCAAGUUCAACGGCGUGGAU